AUGUUAGAUCCCCAACAAAGACUUCGCAAAGCCGUGAUCGACGGCAAUCUCCCCAUUGUUCAGAGACUCCUCUCGCGGUUCCCGUCACUCUGGCUCAACGUCGACUCGGCCCACGACGGCUGGUCCAACCUCCACUACGCCCUGUACUAUGGCCAUUACUUGGUGUGUUUCCACUUGGUAUCGUUCAUCAACAAUGAUCUCGAAAGCAAGUAUACCAAAUUGGAUUUGCUCUCGUUUGACAAUCUCACCGUUUUGCAUGUCUGCAUUGAAGGAAAACAUUUACAAACGUUGCAUUACUUGCUCCAGGAGUUCCCGGGUAAACUAUGGUUGAAUUACCCUGGUGGUGCCAGCAAACAAACUCCCUUGCACUGGAGUUGCAAAUACGGUUUCAGCGAAGGAACGAAAUUGUUACUAGAGUUUGGCGCUAGUUGGGACGAACGCGACGGGAAUGGAGACACUUGUUUGCAUCAUUGCUUCCAACAUGGUAACACCCAGUGCAUCCAAGAAAUACUCCGGUAUAUCUUCCAAAACACCAACGAUAAAGAAAAAGCCAUUGACAAGAUUGAUUAUUUUGAACGCAUGAGGAAUAAACGAGGAUGUGUGGCUUUUGACUACGCUUCAAGCUCUUCCUUGGCGAGAAAGUAUCAGUUGCUAAAACAAGAUCUAAUGGCGUUGGAUUUCUCUGAUUCGGGAGAAGCGUCAUCGGGUUCUUCCAUGGUUUAUACACUUCACCAAAACCAGUCAAUGCACUCAUUGGAAACUAGCAGGAUACUAACAAGUCCGAUUUUACCCAUGGGAAUCCAAAAGCAAGAAGAUAACGAGCAUACAAUUAUACACGACGACAUUGAUACCACAAUAACAACCGAAGAAGAAGAAGAAGAAGAAGAAGAAAAGCCAGGACGUCGAUCGCACUCCCAAUCACUCCCCACAAAUCCAGAAACCACAAAUUCUCUUCCUGGCACAAAAGUUCGCAGCCGUUCAAAUACGAACUACAUAUAUCACCCUCCCAACCUCAACAAUAUCCCAGUACUUGGAUCGCCGCGGUUCGCAUCUCCGCCCGUCAUGCCGCCUCCAUCUACACCCAUCACUAACCGUGCACCAUCCUUGAAAUCAGUUACCAUAUCACCAUCAGUACGAAGUAAUGGCCAUGACUCUACAGAAGACCUGCAACGACCAGAAUCACCACAGUCAAUCUGGUCACUACAAUCAACAAACACAUCCCCUGCAAAGUCACAACAUGGACAACGCCGAAGUUUUUCGUUUUCCAAAAGUUCCAUGCCACGGCCUCGUGCUGAAUCCGCGUCUGCAGUUGCGAAUUCUGCUUCCGUGGCUGCUAAAAAGGCAUUCGUGUCCAGUAGGCCCAGCCAUGAAAACCACAGAUCUCGACCCAAUACACCUAGUCAACGCUCUCGUCAAUCUGAAUCCUCGCAUACUUCACCGACAUUACAAAAACUAAACAGUCGAACAAGCAGCACUUCGAUAGGAAGCAUAGGCAGCCAAACCAGCCCCACCAGCCAGCAUGAACAUAUCUUGCGCAAGUCUCAAUCUAGUUCAACAUUGCUGUCUGACCCAACAACCAUUCCAAUCAUACGACAACCACCACAACGAACUGACAGUGCGGGAUCAUUAACUAUGCUGGACUCUCUGAGAAAGUUUAGUGUCAAUAGUAUAAGUUUUAGUAGGAUUAGGUAG